CCCACCACAACUACAGCUGUUCCCACCACAACAACAGCUUCCCCCACCACAACCACAGCUGCUUCAACCACAACUACAGUUCUUGCCACCACAACUACAGCUGUUCCCACCACAACUUCAGCUACUCCAACGACAACUUCAGAGGUUCCCACCACAACAACAGCUGCUCCAACCACAACUACAGCUCCUCCCACCACAACUACAGCUGCUCCCACCACAAGUACAGCUGUUCCCACCACAACAACAGCUUCCCCCACCACAACCACAGCUGCUUCAACCACUACAGUUCUUGCCACCACAACUACAGCGGUUCCCACCACAACUUCAGCUACUCCAACGACAACGUCAGAGGUUCCCACCACAACAACAGCUGUUCCAACCACAACUACAGCUCCUGCCACCACAACUACAGCUGUUCCCACCACAACUACAGUUGCUCCAACAACUACUUCAGCUGAUCAAACCACAACCACAGUUGCUCAAACAACAACAGCUGUAAUGACCACAACUACAGCUCCUCCAACCAAAACCACAUCUUCUGCCACCACAACUACAGCUGCUCUAACAACUACUACAGCUGCUCCCACUACAACUACAGCUGCUCCAACAACAGCUGUGCUGACCACAACUACAGCUGAUCCAACCACAAGUACAGCUCCUCCAACCACAACCACAUCUUCCCCCACCACAACUACAGCUGCUCCAACAACAGCUGUGCUGACCACAACUACAGUUGCUCCAACCACAACUACAGCUCCUCCCAGCACAACUACAGCUGCUCCCACCACAACUACAGCUGUUCCCACCACAACAACAGCUGCCCCCACCACAACCACAACUGCUUCCAACACAACUACAGCUGUUCCCACCACAACUGCAGCUGUUCCCACCACAACUUCAGCUACUCCAACGACAACUUCAGAGGUUCCCACCACAACAACAGCUGCUCCCACCACAACUACAGCAAAUGCCACCACAACCACAGCUGUUUCAACUACAACAGCUGCCCCCACCACAACCACAGCUACUUCAACCACAACUACAGUUCUUGCCACCACAACUACAGCUGUUACCACCACAACUUCAGCUGCUCCAACGACCACUUCAGAGGUUCCCACCACAACAACAGCUGCUCCAACCACAACUACAGCUCCUCCCAGCACAACUACAGCCCCUCCAACUACAACAGCUCUUGCCACCACAACUAGAGCUGUUCCCACCACAACUUCAGAGAUUCCCACCACAUCCACUGCUACUCCAACCACAACUACAGCUGUUCCCACCACAACUACAGCUGCUCCAACCACAACUUCAGAGGUUCCCACCACAACAACAGCUACUUCCACUACACCCACAGCAGCUCCCACCACAACUACAGCUCCUCCCACCACAACAACAGCUGCUCCAGUGACAAGUACAGCUUUGCCAACCACAACUACAGCUGUUCCCACCACAACUACAGUUGUUCCUACCACAACUACAGCUGCUCCAACAGCAUUUUCCACCUUAACCAGAUUUCCUCUCACCACAGAUUCUCCAACUAUAAUCCCAACAGCUCUGACACUUUCAGGAACAACCGAAGAGGCAACGAAAACAAUACAACUGAAUUUUAGGUCUCCUAAUGAAACUUUUACUAUUGAUUUGGGAAAUUCAUCUUCAGAAGCAUUCCAAAGUCGUUCUAGUCUUUUAAAGAAUCGUCUUGAACCACUGUAUCAAAGAUCAGUUCCUUCAUUCCGCAAUUUGACCGUCAUUUCCUUCAGGCCAGGAUCAAUCAUUAACACGAUGGACCUUGAAUUUGCAUCAGCUUCUGCUCCUAAUGACACAGCUAUUGUAGAAGUUCUAGUCAAUGGGGCUUCAAACAUUACAGAAUUCUCCAUUGAAACCAGUUCAGUUGCUGUAGGUGACACAGGUGUUUCAACAACAAAUGUUCCCACAACUACAACAGUGGCAUCAACCACAGCAACAGCUGUUCCAAACAUAAUAACCUCUCCAACCGACACAACAGCCACUCCAACAACAGCAACAGCUGAUCCAACCAACACAACAGUCACUCCAACCACAACAGCUGCUCCAACCAUAACAAUUGCUCCAACCAACACAACAUCUUCUCUAGACACAACAGCUGUUCCAACCAUAAUCACAAUUGCUCCAACCAACACAACAGCCUCUCCAACUAACACCACAACCACUCCAACCACAGCAACAGCUGGUCCAACCAACACAACAGCCUCUCCAACCACAGCAACAGCUAUUCCAACCAACACAACAGCCUCUCCAACCAUAAUAACAAUUGCUCCAACCAACACAACAUCCUCUCUAGCCACAACAGCUGCUCCAACCAUAAUAACAAUUGCUCCAACCAACACAACAGCCUCUCCAACCACAGCAACAGCUGUUCCAAACAUAAUAACCUCUCCAACCGACACAACAGCCACUCCAACCACAGCAACAGCUGAUCCAACCAACACAACAGCCUCUCUAACCAACACAACAGUCACUCCAACCACAACAACAGCUGCUCCAACCAUAAUAACAAUUGCUCCAACCAACACAACAUCCUCUCUAGCCACAACAGCUGAUCCAACCAACACAACAGCCUCUCCAACCAACACAACAGCCUUUCCAACCAACACCGCAACCACUCCAACCACAGCAACAGCUGGUCCAACCAACACAACAGCCUCUCCAACCACAGCAACAGCUGUUCCAAACAUAACCUCUCCAACCGACACAACAGCCACUCCAACCACAGCAACAGCUGAUCCAACCAACACAACAGCCUCUCCAACCAACACAACAGCCUUUCCAACCAACACCGCAACCACUCCAACCACAGCAACAGCUGGUCCAACCAACACAACAGCCUCUCCAACCACAGCAACAGCUGUUCCAAACAUAACCUCUCCAACCAACACAACAGUCACUCCAACCACACCAACAGCUGCUCCAACCAUAAUAACAAUUGCUCCAACCAACACAACAUCCUCUCUAGCCACAACAGUUGCUCCAACCAUAAUAACAAUUGCUCCAACCAACACAGCAGCCUCUCCAACCAACACCACAACCACUCCAACCACAGCAACAGCUAUUCCAACCAACACAACAUUGUCUCCAACCACAACAGCUGCUUCAGUCAUAAUAACAAGUGCUCCAAACAACACAACAGCCAUUCCAACCACAACAACAGCUGCUCCAGUCAUAAUACCGACGGCUCCAACCAACGCAACAGCCACUGCAACCACAUCAACAGCUGCUCCAACCAACAUUACGGCCUCUCCAACCACUACAACAGCUGCUUCAACCAUAAUAAGACCAGCUCCAACCAACACAACAUCCCCUCCAACCACAACAGCCCCUCCAACCAACACAACAGGUGCUCCAACCAUAAUAACAGCUGGUCCCACCAACACAACAUUCUCUCCAACCACAGCAACAGCCGCUCCAACCAACACAACAGCUGCUCCAACCAUAAUAACAGCUGGUCCCACCAACACAACAUUCUCUCCAACCACAGCAACAGCUGUUCCAAUCAUAACAACUGCUCCAAACACAAAAACAGCCUCUCCAACUACAAUAACUGUUCCAUUCACAAAGGCAACUGCUUCAACCAAUACAAGUGCUCCAACCAAUACAAAAACUGAUCCAACCACAAUACCUGUUUUAAACACAGCAACAGCUGCUAAAAACACAACUACAGCACUUGCUCCAACCGCAACCACUACAUCAAGGACAACUGCUUCAACAACUCCUACAACUUCAUCUACCACAGCUUCUACUACCAAUACAAAGGCAACACCAACUCAUCUUGUGACUACUACAACAACUACAACUAAAGCUCCUCCUCCAGUGUUCGUUGUUGCAGCAACCAUGAUCGAACCAUUUGUUGAAGAGCUUAAUAACAGAGACAGUCAACAGUUCAAGGCCCUGGAAAUAAAAGUGAUAGCAGUGUAUGACAUCAUCUACAGAGAAGCCUUUGGAAUCUUCUUCAUUCGAAGUUUCAUCAUUGCAUUUAGACCAGCCAUAGCCAGGUCACGAAUGAAUGCUACCGAAGCAGAGGUGGGGGUAGAGUUCAAUCAAAGCACACCAGCUGAGAAAAUCCCCAAGGCUGAAACUGUUCUAGAAGCAUUAGUACAGGCUGUGUCUAACCCCAACAGCACCUUGAAUAUCAGCUUCGAGGCGGGGUCUAUUCAAAUAAUACGUACACCUGCAACAACUGUGGCCCCAGCUUUAAAUACAACACUUUCCCAAAAUGUAACGGCAGCAACAAUAAACCCUGGAUCAUCAGCUGGUAGCACUGCAUCAACUACAACAGCUACUACAAUUACAUCAACAAACACUUCUACAACCACAACCACAACAACAACAACAACAACAACAACAAUCACAACUGUGGAGCAAACAGUAACGAGGUGGCUGAGAUUUAGGUCUGCUGGAGAGACCUUUACAACUGAUUUGCUCACCCCAUCUUCAUCAGCAUUCACGAACAGGGCUGCGCUUUUAAAGUCCACUCUUGUACCCUUCUACAAACGAGCAUUUUCUUCAUUCCGUGAUUUAACUGUGAUUUCAUUCAGCAAUGGGUCAAUCAUCAACAACAUGGACCUUCGAUUUGCAUCAGCAUCUGUUCCUACUGGCUCCAAAAUUGCAGAGGUUUUGGUCAAUGCAGCUUCACAAAUCACCGCCUUCAACAUUGAUACCACUAAUAUUUUCGUGGAUGGAACACAAGUGUCUAGCGGAGUAAACCACAAGAUCAGUCUCAUCACGGCAUUCUGCAUGGUCCUGUUGUCGUGGUUGUUGUCCAGCCAGCACUAUCAUCUCUGUUGAUCUCUAGUGGAUAAUUUGCUAAAAAAGUUUUCCGAACUGGAAAUUGAAAAGAUCUCAUGAAAGGGCAUUUUUAAAAAUAAAUAAUUGUAUGAACAACAUUUUCCAAGUAUGUUUUAGCAAGUUAUCAGUGUAAAGUCUUGUUGGUACUACAUUGUUAGGAUGUUAUUUAUUUGACCGUGAAACACUAAGUCCAGUCAAUGAAGAAAACAAACAUGUUUUGUAGUUCACGGUUCCCUGGAAAAAGUUCCACCUCUAUUGUAGGAACUUGUGUGAAGGAUUUAAAUCUCUUAUCUCAAAGUCAUGGCACUUUACACUUAUACAAAAUUUAUUUAUUGUUUUCAUUAUAAUUUACAAUUAUUUAAAAUAAUGAUGAAAAAUGACCUUAAUGGGUACUGUUCCUGCAAACCCUUAAGAGAUCCCUUUAAAUGUAUUUUGUGGGAUAAAUGAAAUGAAGGAUAUUGGGCUUAUCUACUUGUUCUUAUUUAUGAAAAGAAAUGUAUGACAAUUGAUAUUUCUGUAUUCAGUAUUCUCUUAAAAGUUUCUCAAGCUUAUUUCUGUGUAAUAUUUAGCUUUAGGGUGUAAGAUGAGCAAAUGUGUAUGAAACUCAAUGUAGGUGUUUUCAAUAAAGAACCUGAUAUAUAAAA